GAACAAACACACACACACAAAUAGCAGAAAAUAAGAACACGAGAUUUAACGUGGUUCGGUCAGUAACCUCCACGGGUUGCAGCUAGGGUUUAUCUUUUAUUAGGUGCUCACAGAUUAUAGUUACAUGAUUGGGUAUUUAUAAGAUAUAAACUAGGGUUAACAACUUGCUAAACAAGAAACAACUAAUGGGCCCUUUAAUUAAUAACUAAAACCGGCCCCCCAUAUGCAAGCCAAUCACUCUAACAAUGUGGGACAAAUUCGCAAGCAUUCAGGGCAUUGAAAUCGAAAAGGCACUCGAAUCAGGUACUUAUCCAACAAUACUCACAAAGAGGAUACUGGCGACUUCCUUCCAAGGACUGUCACUAACAACGCGUCACGAUUCAUCAAUCGAACUGAACCCUACCAUAUCUCUUGCGACAUCUCUAGAAGAGUGGAAAUGUUCAAAUGCUAUCACAAUACGGCAUGCCUUGGAGAAAAAACAAUUUGAAGAACCUUUAUCUGUUUUUGUAAGUAAUAAGCAUAUCGGACCUCAUCAACACAACAAAUCAGCAACACAAGUACUGGGCUGAAGGUGAAUUACAACUCCUAGAAAAUGAACCAAUUACACUGCACAUAGGAUGCAGCACCUGUAAUCGGAAAGUGCACUUCAGAGAAGGUAUCACCUUUAAAUGCAUGCAAUGUGGGGACCAAGAGGCGUCAACGGCAAAGAGGUUAACUGUCUAAUUCCGUUUUCUUUCAAAACAUGACUAUUCUGUAAUCUUUAAUAUGUUUUGAUAUACAAACACUUUCUCUCUGCAAAUCAACUCAGAUUCAGAGUGACAGCUGAAACGGAAGAGAUGCGGUACACGUCACCCUCUUCACCUAGGAGCUCCAGAAAAUAUUAAAGACACUUGAGUGGAAUACGCCGCUGGAGACAAUCAAUUCUGUAAAUCUAAAGAAGGCCCUUCAAUCAGUCACUGUCAUCGCUGCGAUCAAACCAAGUUCAGGCACUUACGAAACAAAUACAUCAAACAUGUACUCGCUACUAAGCCUCUACAGUCUCUCAGAAGCAAAGAAGCGCACCAACUCUAAAGAGAAAGCUCAAGGUUGAAGAGGACGUCCAAAAAAAAAGGCUUAGCUAAUGUUUCCACAGCUUGAAAACUUUUUUGACUUUAAUCUCUAUUCCUACUGUUCUUGUAAAAUAUAACUAUCCCAAUAUAGUAGGAAGCCUUAUGUCAGUUUGGUACAUAUUAGAAAUGAUGAAGUGCAAGUGAUCACUUCAAUUUUUGUAAAACAAUCCCUAUGUUAGAACUCUUAAGUUAGCCAAAAAUCAUAAAUGAAGUGUAGGUGAUUACUUCAUUUUUUGUAAACCACUCCCUAUAUCUUUUCGAUUAAAUUAUAUGGGUAUGAUAUAUCAAAUACUUGUAUGGGCACUUACACAACAAGUUUGGGCACUCACACAAACUAGCAUGACACCUACACUUUAUUUAUGAUUUUUGGCUAACUUAAGAGUUCUAACAUAGGGAUUGUUUUACAAAAAAAGAAGUGAUCACUUGCACUUCAUCAUUUCUAAUAUGCACCAAACUGACAUAAGGCUUCCUACUAUGUUGGGAUAGUUAUAUUUUACAAGAACAGUAGGAAUAGAGAUUAAAGUCAAAAAAGUUUUCAAGCUGUGGAAACAUUAGCUAAGCCUUUUUUUUGUGGACGUCCUCUUCAACCUUGAGCUUUCUCUUUAGAGUUGGUGCGCUUCUUUGCUUCUGAGAGAGACUGUAGAGGCUUAGUAGCGAGUACAUGUUUGAUGUAUUUGUUUCGUAAGUGCCUGAACUUGGUUUGAUCGAAGCGAUGACAAUGACUGAUUGAAGGGCCUUGUUUAGAUUUACAGAAUUGAUUGUCUCCAGCGGCGUAUUCCACUCAAGUGUCUUUAAUAUUUUCUGGAGCUUCUUGGUGAAGAGGGUGACGUGUACCGCAUCUCUGCCGUCAUAUAUUUCAGCUGUCACUCUGAAUCUGAGUUGAUUUGCAGAGAGAAAGUGUUUGUAUAUCAAAAAAUAUUAAAGCUAAGAUUACAGAAUAGUCAUGUUUUGAAAGAAAACAGAAUUAGACAGUUAAAGGAUCUUCAAAAACAGAUAAAGGAUCUUCAAAUUGUUUUUUCUCCAAGGCAUGCCGUAUUGUGAUAGCAUUUGAACAUUUCCUGGAUUGCAUAUAUUUGGUUAUAGGAGUAAUUUUAAAAAGUAAUUAAUUGUAAGAAUAUAUAAAUAUGCGUACCACUCUUCUAGAGAUGUCGCAAGAGAUAUGGUAGGGUUCAGUUCGAUUGAUGAAUCGUGACGCGUUGUUAGUGACAGUC